AUGGUUACGGAGGCCAACCGGUUGACCACAUAUAAGGGUUGGCCCAUCACUGCCGGCAACUGUACUAAAGAGAAGAUGAGUUCCUGCGGUUUCUAUCAGUGCAACGACGAUAGUGGAGACGAUUGUGUCCGAUGUUUCUGUUGCUUCAAAGAGCUGGACGGCUGGCAGGAGUCGGACGACCCCUGGGAUGAACACAAGCGCAACAAUAACUGCUAUUUCGCUAACUUAGGCAAACCGGAGGCCACACUCACGGUCCGGGAGUGGCUCAUAGUGAUGGAGGAGAGGCAGGUUAACUACGUGAACAAGGUCUAUCAGCACAUUAAUGAUCUUGAACAAAAAGAUCUCAAAGAUUUAGGGUUAGACAAGGAAUAG